GACCACAACUUAGCACCAUUUAUCCAGUGACAUUAUACCCAGCCAUAAGAAUCUUCCAGAGUUACACCAGAAUUCAAUCAGGAAAUCUACAGAGCCAUUGUGUGAUUACUUGAUCUAGAGAAGACAGGAAAAAGAACAGAAACGAAGAUGACAGAUACAGGGCACAAGCCAGAAUCUGCUGCUGUAAAUGAAAUCCAGAAAAAGUUUAAAUUAAAUCUGAUGAAGAAGUUUCAGUGUUUGAAUGGAGUGAUGAUAAACCUGGGAACCCAAACACUCCUGAAUGAGAUCUACACAGAGCUCUACAUCACAGAGGGAGACAGUGGAGAAGUCAAUAAUGAACAUGAGGUGAGACAGAUCGAGGCAGCAUCCAGGAGAAGAACAACAGAGGAAACACCAAUCAAAUGCAAUGACCUCUUUAAGCCUUUAUCUAAACAAGACAAACCCAUCAGAACUGUGCUGACAAAGGGAGUCGCUGGCAUCGGAAAAACAGUCUCUGUGCAGAAUUUCAUUCUGGACUGGGCUGAAGGGAAAGUAAAUCAGGACGUCCACCUCAUAUUUCCACUUCCUUUCAGAGAGCUGAACUUGAUGAAGGACCAGACACUGAGUCUGAUGGAGCUCCUUCAUGUCUUUUUUAAGGAAACAAAACAAACAGAAAUGUUCAGUUUGGAAAAGGUUCUGUUCAUUUUUGACGGAUUGGACGAGUGUCGUCUUCCUCUAGAUUUCCAGAACACAGUGAGAGUAUGUGAUGUAACUGAAUCAGCAUCAGUGCCUGUGCUGCUGAUAAACCUGAUCAAAGGGAAUCUGCUUCCCUCUGCUCUCAUCUGGAUCACCUCCAGACCUGCAGCAGCUGAUCAAAUCCCCUCUGAGUGUGUGGAUCGAGUCACAGAGGUACGAGGGUUCAAUGACCCACAGAAGGAGGAGUACUUCAGGAAGAGGAUCAGUGAUCAGAGCCUGGCCAAUAACAUCAUCACACACCUGAAGUCAUUAAGAAGCCUCUACAUCAUGUGUCACAUCCCGGUCUUCUGCUGGAUUUCAGCCACUGUUCUAGAGAGAAUGUUGGGUGAAGCAGAGAGUGGAGAGAUCCCCAAGACUCUGACGCAAAUGUACACACACUUCCUCAUCAUUCAGACAAACAUCAUAAAAGAAAAAUACUCAAAGAAGCAGGAGAGUGAUGAAGAAAUGCUUCUUAAACUGGGACAACUGGCUUUUCAGCAGCUGAAGAAAGGGAACCUGAUCUUCUAUGAUGAAGACCUGAGAGAGUGUGGUAUUGAUGUGAGAGAAGCAGCAGUGUACUCAGGUGUGUGUACUCAGAUCUUCAUAGAGGAGUUUGGGCUUCACCAGAGUAAAGUGUACUGCUUUGUUCAUCUGAGCAUUCAGGAGCAUCUCGCAGCUCUGUAUGUGCAUGUGACCUUCAUGAAGGAGAAAAGAAAUGUUCUUAAACAGAAUCAGAACUCUAACCAGUGGAUGGAAGAAAAUACAAUCUCAGAUGUACACGACAGUGCUGUAGAUCAGACUUUACAGAGUGAGACUGGACAUCUGGAUCUUUUCCUUCGUUUUCUUCUGGGUCUCUCACUGGAGUCCAAUCAGAAACUCUUACAUGUUAUAGUAACACAGACAGGAAGUAGCUCACAGAGCAAAAAGGAAACACUUCAGUACAUUAAGAAGAAGAUCAGUAAAAAUCUUCCUACAGAGAAAUCCAUCAAUCUGUUCCACUGUCUGAAUGAACUGGGUGAUAAUUCUCUAGUGGAGGAAAUCCAACACUACCUGAAAUCUGGAAAACAAAGUGAACUUUCUUCUUCACAGCUGUCUGCUCUGGUGUUUGUGUUACUGACAUCAGCACAGGAGCUGGAUGAGUUUGACCUGAGUGAAUAUUUCAGUACAGAUAAAAUAACAGAAGAUGUUGUUCUGAAGAUGAUGCCUGUGAUUGCAGAAUCCAGUAAAGCAAUUAUCAGCUGUGAUUCACUUGGAGUAAAAUGUUGGUCAUCUCUGGUCUCAGCGCUCAGAUCAGAAACCUCCAAACUGAGAGAACUUCAUCUGACUGUGAAAACACUGGAUCUGUCCUGGAAUACUCUAGGAGACUCAGGAGUGAAGAUUAUCUCUGCUGGACUGGAGAAUCCUCACUGUAAAGUGGAGACACUGAAGUUGUGGUAUUGUGGUAUCUCGGAUAAAGGCUGUGCUGCUCUGACUUCCGCUCUAAGAUCAAACCCCUCAAACCUGAGAGAACUGGAUCUGUCUGGGAAUAAUCUAGGAGACUCAGGAGUGAAGAGUCUCUCUGCUGUACUGGAGAAUCCUCACUGUAAACUGGAGACACUGAGUUUGUGUGAUUGUGGUGUCUCAGAUAAAGACUGUGCUGCUCUGACUUCAGCUCUGAGAUCAAACCCCUCACACCUGAGAGAACUGAAUCUGUCCUGUAAUAAUCUAGGAGACUCGGGAGUGAAGAUUCUCUCUGCUGUACUGGUGAAUCCUCACUGUAAACUGGAGACACUGAGGUUGUGUAAAUGUGGUGUCUCAGAUGAAGGCUGUGCUGCUCUGACUUCAGCUCUGAGAUCAAACCCCUCACACCUGACAGAACUGGAUCUGUCUGAUAAUAAUCUAGGAGACUCAGGAAAGAAACUGCUCUCUGAUCUUAAUGAUGAUAAACAUUACAAACUACAGACACUGAAAUUCAGGUUCUAAUGAAUAUCUGUGUGUGAUGAAGACUCCAGUGUUCCUGCAUUUCCAUGAUGGAGAAUAGAGAACAUGUUUAUUAACACAUCACUCAUUUAGUUCUAUCACAUUAAACAGACUCAGAGAUGUGAGAAGUGUGUGUUCAUCGUGUACAGUGAAUCAGACUAAACACAAUUCUACACUGAGUUUAUAAUGACCUCUGAUCCCUGGAUAAAAUUCCCUGGACCUCAGUCCCAUAAAAAACUGAGGGAUUAUUUGGAACAGCAGGUGAAAAUCCACAUGAACCCUGUUCAUUUUACAUUACAUGUUCAUUGAUGUGUAUCAAUCUGUUUUUUACCUGCCAGAACAGAACAAACCAAUGUUAUAAAAUACAGGAGAUUGAUGAACUGACUUUUUAAGUGUUAGUCUUGUGGAGUGAAAAAAGUGCCUGAAAGCAUCACUGAUAUCUGCUGGACAUACUGAUGCAUCACCCCAGUAAAGUCAGGCUGUUCCUCUCACUCAUGCUCACUCCAAGAUUUUGCUCUUUCCCUGAUCCUGUCAUAUGCUUCUGUGUGACUAGAUUGUAUUUCAGUAAGUAAGAGUGGAUCAAUUCAUGCUAAUGUGAGACAGAAAAUCAAAUACCAGACAAAUUUUCCAGGGAUGCCACAGGCACUACAUGCUUGUUAAAUAAAUAGGUUUCUGUUAGGAAGCUAUUUUGUCUUUAACACAGUGGAAGUGUGCACAGUAGAAGAGCAGAUCAUUUCUAAGCCAGAAAGUUUCAGUCGCUACUCUGCCGAGGUCCUCGAUGUCCUUCUUGUCCCACUGCUCAAUACCGAUGUAUGACGCAUGAAGUACACAGAAAGAAAUUCUUAGCAAAUGAAGAUUUGAAUAAUGAAAAACCAAAAUCUAACACAAAAUUUCUCACUAAUAAAUUAAGAAUUUCUCAAA